AUGGAUAUGCAAGUUUCUCCUAAAAAGGUCAAUCUGCACAAUUAGCAUUAAAUGAACAAAGCACUCGAGUUUGAUUCAGAAGAGGAGGAAUUUAUGUCAGAUGAAAUGGAUGAAAAUGUCAUUUAAACUAAUAUUAAAAAAUAAUACUAGAGUAAAAUGAAAAGUGAGAGAACUGUGGGAGAUCCCAAACAAUCAACUGCAAUAGAGGAUGAAAAUUUCGUUAGUUAAAAUAGCCAUUAAAAGAUUCACUAGGUAGUAAAGAAUACCAAACCUCUGACUUCAGCUUAGUAUAAUCAAUUAUUCACACAAAUAGAAUCUGACAGAGGGGGGUAAAAGAGUUCUACUUUAACUUCAAAUAGAUCGCAUAAGAGUAAUAAUUUAUCCAUGAAUAAAAUGCCUGGAUAAGUUCAAAAUGGUUCUAUGAUGGGUGAUAUGGCUAAACUAAGUUUUCAAAUUAAAAAGAACAAUAAGUCUGAAAGAGAAAUAAUUAGACAAGACCGAUUUCAAGAGAUUACUCCCAUUCAAGGUAACCUUCUAAUGAGAAGAUUUAGUCAAAUUCACCCAUCAAAAUCGCAAGCUUAUAUCUCUUUCAACGCUAAGAAUAUUCCAUCUCUAAGAGAUGAUAAAACACCAUAACGAUUUUAAUAAUAAGAAGACGAUCGAGUAAUGAUAAGAUAUAACAGCAAUGAUUCAUUUAACUUAAAUAGUCUAUAUAAGGGAAAAAACAGAUUAGGAAGUCAGUCUACUAAAAAAGCAGUUCCUGGAAAUGCUGAAUCAUGUAUAUAGAGAUUAAUGGAGGAUGAAAUGAAGAGAAAAUUAACUAGAGAAAGGCUUGAAUAAUAGAAAACAGAUAAUGAAGAGAAUGAAAUCCUUAAAAAUACCUAUAAGCCUUAUUUAUCAUCAGUAGAAAGAAAACGAAAUCUAAGUUCUGAUAAUGAUGAAGGAUUUAGUCAUAAGAGAUCUUAUUAGUAGUUCUAUCAAGAUUAAAUUGAAUUCAAGUCUAACGUAGAGAUUACAAAAUAACUAAAAAGAAGAGAAGAAGACCUGAAAUACAGUAAUGAAAACAUCAGAUAAAAAAUGAAACCAAAUAAAAAGUCAAGAGAUAUAGCAGAAUAGUUAAGGCAUCAACUAAGUGCGGAAAGAUAGCAUACACCAGAGGUACAUGAAAGAUUACAUAAUAAUAUAGCAUUAAAUCAAAGCAGUAUUGAGAAGAGAAAUCUUUUUAGAACAUAAAUGUAUACUAAAAGUCCAUUAUCAAAUAAUAAGAAAGUUAUUGCAGAGGAAUAAGAAUCCGCUAUGAACAGAUUAUAUACUGAGGGUUAACUGAAAGAUCAAAAGCUUAAAUAGCUUGCAGAAAAAUAUGAUCAGAAAAAUGAUUUCACACUAGACAUAGUUAACAAAGAUUUCAAUAAUAGGACUGUUUAUGAGAGACUUAAAAAAGAAUUUGCUUAAUUUUUCAGUAAAGAAUCUUUCUACAAUAGUGAAAUCAUUAAUCAUGAAGAAACACCUAAAUCUCCACUCGCGGAAUCUAAAACAUGUGGAGUUUUUAGUCCUAAGAAUUCUAAUCUCUCAAAGGUAAAUAUGUAACCAAGGACUGGUAAAAAUUUUGAAGAAUAAAUGAAGAAGGGUACACCCAUUAGACUUAAGACAUAUAUCAAGCUAAUGCAUUGUCUUGGGUUCAUUCAUGUAAAAGAUCGAUCUUAAAGUGAGGAAGAAUUGUUGACAUUAAUAUGGAAAACCUUAGGAGGUACUAAUGACAAUACAAUAAAAGCUGAGAAUCUUUUUGUAAUUUUAGUUGGCAUUAUGAAUGCUUAAGUACCAGAAAUUAUAUAACCUCAUAAUAAAUAAUAAGGCCAAAGCAUAGGCCAUUAAAAAAAUGGACCCUUAUGCUACGAUUAGAAUCAUGAUACACAUUUCACAUCAUUGGAAGAAAUGCUGAAGAUUCACAUGAAAUAUUUAGUACUUUGCGAAAAUAGGAAAAAUUAAAAAAGAAAAUUAUCAAGUAAUUCAGCUUCAAAACACUUAGCAGGUUUUGAUGAUGAAUAAACUUCAAUAAAUCCAAAUCUAACUUUUAGACCAAAGAUAGACAAGAGAUCCAAGUUAAUUGCAGAAAGCAAGUUGAAAGAUAAACUCAAGAUAAAAAGCCAUUAUGACCUUCUCAAUGAAAAGGCAAAGCAAAAGAAAUUUGUAAAAGAAAAGAUGGCCGAGGAUCAAAUAUAAAAAUAAUUAGAAGAAUGCUCAUUUAAGCCUAAGAUAAUAGGUCAAAAUUUUAGAAAAGGUAGUGAUAAAUAACAAAAUACUAAAAUCAAAAAAAGUAACGUGAGUCCUAUAAUAUCAUAAAUUCUUCAAGAUGGGAAUCAGUAACCUAAUAAUGAUGAAAACAGAUCAGAGUUUUCUUGGGGAGCAAAGCCGAGUGGCAAAAUUGAUGACUCUAUUUUGCAAGCUUAUAUUGAAUAAGUAGAUGAUAAUAGGAGAUAUAGUAACAUCAGUGUGAAAAAUGAUUAACAAAAUUAUAAUAAUGUUUUGAAGCAAAACAACAUGAAUAAUGAUCAAAAUUCAAGGAUUUCCAGAAAAGAUAUUGUAGAACUUGCAAAUCAAAACAUAUCAAUCAACAGAACAGCCAGUUAGCAUGACCUUUAGUUCUAAUCUCUUGAUCAAGCCAAUAAGUUGAGUAAAAGAUCAAUGAUAAGCGAAGCUGAUUCAAAGUCUAAAAUCUUCCAUAAUGAGGAAUAUUACGAGCAGACCUCACAGUUAAGUAAUAAUUCAAUAUUCUCAGGCUCCCUUUAACAAAAAUAGGAUUGUAAGAAUCAAUUUUGUAUUUAUUGUUUAAUUUUAGAAAAACUGCCAAUGCUUUAUAUUGAUGUAAAUCUAGGCAAAGAAAAAGGAAUGCAAAGAAUAGUACUUUAUGAAGAUGACAAACCAGACUUAAUAGCUUACUAGUUUUCUUAAGUUCACAAACUAUCCUAACAAAAGCAAACUAAACUAGAGUAGAUGAUUGGCUAUAAAAUGGAGGAACAUAAGAUUAAGUAAAGACAAUUAUGA